AUGCACCCUGCGGUUCGUCUGGAGAGUGGGUGGUCGGAGCGCGUGCGGUACAUGGUGGUGGUGUACACUAACGGCCGCCAGGACACGGAGGAGAACAUCCUGCUGGGGAUGGACUUCACUAACAAAGACAGUAAGAACUGUUCCAUUGGCAUGGUUCUUCCUCUGUGGAGCGACACUAAGAUCCACCUGGACGGAGAUGGGGGGUUUACAGUGAACACGGUGGAGCGAACUCACGUCUUCAAACCGGUCUCAGUACAGGCUAUGUGGUCGGCCCUGCAGAUCCUGCACAAGGCUUGUGAGGUGUCGCGCAGACACAACUACUUCCCCGGGGGCAUGGCCCUCACCUGGCUGGGCUACUACGACAGCUGCGUCUCCUCGGAGCAGAGCUGCAUCAACCAGUGGAACGCCAUGAAGGACCUGGAGACCACGCGGCCAGUCUCGCCCGACAUGUUCGUGGACAAGCCGUCAGAGAGAGAGUGCACCGAACGACUCCUGAAGGCCCAGCUUCGCAGUAUCAUGAGUUACCAGGACCUGGACAACGUCACGUCCAAACAGAUCCGCACAGAGCUGGAGCAGCAUAUGAGCUGCAACCUGAACGAGUACAAGGAGUUUAUCGACAACGAGAUGCUUCUGAUCCUGGGUCAGAUGGAUAAGGCCUCACUGAUCUUCGACCACCUCUACCUGGGCUCAGAAUGGAACGCGUCUAACUUGGAAGAGCUGCAGGAGACAGGAGUUGGCUACAUCCUCAACGUGACCCGGGAGAUAGACAACUUCUUCCCUGGGACAUUCUGCUACCACAACAUACGUGUGUAUGAUGAGGAGGCCACAGACCUGCUGGCCCACUGGAACCAUACCUACCACUUUAUCCUCAAGGCCAAGAAGAACAACUCCAAGUGUCUGGUGCAUUGCAAGAUGGGUGUGAGCCGCUCGGCCUCCACGGUGAUCGCCUACGCCAUGAAGGAGUACGGUUGGUCUCUGGAGAAGGCCUACGGCUUCGUCAAGCAGAAGAGGAGCAUCACCAGGCCCAACGCCGCCUUCAUGAGGCAGCUGGCCGAGUACGAGGGUAUCCUGGACGCCAGUAAACAGCGCCACAACCGGCUCUGGCACCCGGACAUCGACUGUGAGAUGUCCACUGACGGCCACCAGGGGAUUUCCCAGUGCUGCCAGUGGGCCCCAGCGGAGCCAGGUGGCGUGUCCCCCUCCCGCCUGACCCCGGGCUGGGUCGGGGGGCUGGACGUGGACCCCGCUUACAACAACUACUACUUCCGACGACUGUCGGACUCUGCGCUGGAAAGCGAGCCUUCCACGCCGGUGCGCGGCCCGGGCCCGCUCCUUAACAUGGACAAGGUGUUCAUUCAGAUCGAGGAUGUGGAGCGGGACGCGCUGCUGGACGACGAGGGUCCCCCGCCCCACCUAGGGGCCGGAGGCGGCGGAGUCACGGCGGAGGGCACAGCUGGCCUGGGGGCCCUGGAGGGCCGCCUGGAGUUCAGUACCGUAAAAGAGGAGGACGAGGAGGAGGUGCGCAAGGAGGAGGCAGAAAUGGAGGUGCUGAUGCAUCCCAAUGGAGGAGGAGGAAGGGAAGGCACAGGGAUGGACUUGGUAUCACUGAAUGAGAGUUCAAACAAUAACAAUAAUAACAACAGAAACAACAACAAGCGCCUCGCUGUAAUUAGGGACUUAGCACCAGACCCACAAGGGCCUGGUCCUCCGCCAGCACCAGACCCCCCAGGGCCUGGUCCUUGCCCAGUACCAGACCCUCCAGGGCCUGGUCCUCCCCCAGCACCAGACCCACUAGGGCCUGAUCCUCGCCCAGCACCAGACCCCCAGGGUCUGGUCCACCCCAAGCACCAGACCCUUCAGGGCCUGGUCCACCCCCAGCCCCCCAGGGCCUGGUCCUCACCCAGCACCAGACCCACCAGGGCCUGGUCCCCAGCUGCGCCCAGCUUCUGGAGAGGCACUAAGAGCGCUUGCUGCUGCAACACACCUGCAGGGGCCCAAAGAGGAGCUCCCUCCCCUCCGAAGAUGAGGAAGACCGGUCUCACUUCCCUGGGGACCUCCUCUCGUCUUUCACGCCGUGCACUGCGGAGGUGCAGCUGCACGCCAGUCGGGUCUCCUCACCCGGAUGGCUGGUUCCGGCAGCGAGCGCUGGAGAUCGAGGCACGCACACGUUUGGCGGGCCCUACCAUGCCCUCGCAUCUCAAGCACUCCAACUCGCUAGCCAAGCUGGAUGGCCUCCAGCUGUCCAGCCAUGACCUGUGCUCCGCUUGCUCCUCGGACGCCGCCUCCCUUGCACUGUUUGUGUCCGAGUCCCCGGAGCAGGCCCCUACGUGGGACUGUCUCGCUAUGGUCAACAUCCCCUGCUCAGGGCCCAGGAAGGCAAGUGGGCGGACCUCGGAGGGAGAGCUGGCUGGAGGAGACUGGGAGGCGAGGAAAGCCUUCCCCUCCCCUUGUCUCCAUUCCUUUGAGGAGGUUGGAACAUGGGACUCCUCAGGGUGA